AUGAUACUGACAUUCGACCAAUUUCCAUCGAUACAAACGCCCCAUGCGUUCCCAAGCUUCAGGUGGUGUCACUCCAGGCCUAAUCCCAGCAUCCAAUAUGAUCCACGAGGGGCCGUAACCUUCAUCACGCCGUAUCACCUGCUACUUCGUAACCAACACCCCGUGUCAUUCGAAAUUUCACUCAUCGCGCGUUUCACUCCCGAAACCAUCCUUCUUUCCAAGCUUCGCAAACAUGAGCCCAGCAUGUUACUUGACAUGUUUCAUCUGCACAAGAGAGCUGCCAAAAAGACCCUCCCGUCCCUCCACGACAUCGGACUUAUGGAUGCGUCACCUCGAGACUUUCUAACUUCCAUACGCUGCACGAAGUUGCCACCGAUUCUAUGGCGCGUUCAACAUGUGGAUAGCCAGGCUUCCUUCAACGAUACCUGCGACCUCGUAGCGAAACUCCAUGGCCAGCUCCCUCAUUCCUUAUACGAGCUACGAGCGGCAUUAUCGAGACAUUUGAAGUGGGGAUACUCGAGAGCAGACAGCUAUUUCAUCUCGACGUUUGAGGAGUAUAGAGACGCGCUGGAAUGGGCGAGGGAAAGGAAGAAGAGGUGUGAUGAUGAUGGUGUGAAAGUGGCGAUUUACAGGAUAAGGACGAGCCAGCUUGGGGAGCAAGCGUUGGUUUUCAGAGUUGAUAGGAUGAUGAGACGCUUGGGGAUGGAUCUUGGAGCAGAUGGAGUGGGGAGGGAGGGGGAGUAUGUCAUCCUCAAUCGUGUCAGCGCACGGGCAAUGUCUCUGUGCAAGGACAACGUCGACCUGUCGCUACCUUCACAUACCCUGAAACUCGACACUUUCACCAGGCCUGGAGCGAGGGCGACGCCUUUCGAUCGGUGCAUGAAGCGUCGAAGUUACGUUUACAAUGCUGCUAGACUCAGUUCCACGGAUGCGCUUUUUGCGAGUUAUAUGGCGAGAGUGGAGGUGGAGCAGCAGAGGAUGAGUCUGGCCAGUUUUGAGAGUUUGGAUGAUUCCCAGGACGAGAGAUAUGCCGCCGGCGGAGAACGGGAGGAAUAUGAUAGGGUGGAUAGCCUGGUUAGUAUCAUUGAGAGUGAUCGGAAGUUGGAGAGGUUGAAGUGGAAGCCGCUGCCGAUGAGGCCUAAGUCGAAGUUGCUUCAGGCGGUGGAGAAGGAUUUGGGGGUUGAUGUGACGGUUGGGGAGGGGUGA